GUUGAUUCAUUUGUAUCCUACUGUUUUGUGCUGAAUUUAUUUAUAGUUUUGAAGUAAUAAUUUGAAAUAGAUAGUGAAAUAAAUAAUAAUUAAAUAUUAGGAAAAAUGAUUAUGCUCACGUAUUGGUGUCUAUUAUUAUUUUUAACUUGCGAUAUAGGAGUAUCUCAAGUUAUUUUGACUACAGACGAGUUGGAAAAUCACAUAAGCCCAGACGAUUUACAAGAUUUUUUGAACUAUCGCAAUGAUGUGACCACCACAGCUAAGUCCAGUGUCAAAAUGGAUUACGCCGAUGUUGAGGAUACAACAGCUAAGCUCCCAGUACCCAAAGUUGUGGAUUGUUUUGGUCUGGGCUCGUUGAUGGAUCAGCUGUGGUUCCUAAAUAUGAAGCCAGCAACUUCUGACAGCGUUAAUACUCAUUUCUACUUCUCAUCCAGAUUACGGCCAGGCAGAGUGCAGGUAUAUCCUGGGGACCAAUUCGGCUUAGAAUGGGUAGAUUUCAAUCCAGCUAGAAAAACAAUAAUGAUUGUUCAUGGAUUCAUGAGUCACAGUAAUGCGUCGUGGGUUCGAGAUAUGACAAAAGCAUUCUUAUACUGGGCGGAUGUAAAUGUGAUAGCCGUGGACUGGAGUAAGGGGGGCAAUACAUGGAAGUACUGGCGUGCAGUAGCCAACACUAGACGAGUUGGCUCCGAUACGACUGGCUUCAUGCGACAAUUGAUAGCAAAGACAGGAGCUCGCAUUAAAGACUUCCACUUUAUUGGACAUAGUCUGGGCGCACACAUUGUAUCGUAUGUUUCUUACCAUUUGGGCAGAGUUGCGAGAAUUACAGGUCUAGAUCCAGCACAGCCCUGUUUCGGUGACUCAAGUCGUGUGGAAAGGCUGGAUGAUUCAGAUGCGGAUUUUGUGGAUGUCAUCCAUACUAAUGGGCGGCUCUUACAAAAGAUUGGCUUUGGGUUACCAGAUCCUAUAGGUCACGCAGAUUUUUAUCCCAACGGCGGUAUGCAACAGCCGGGCUGCGUUAACAAGACGGAUUCCGUCUGGUCUAAGUUCUUUCCCAUUUCAGCUUCACGUCUCCAACAAGCGAUAUGCAGUCACGGACGUGCGUAUGUGCUAUUCACAGAGUCGUUGGUGAAUGGUAAUUGCUCAUUUAGAGCAUUCCGGUGGAAUAUGACUUAUGAAGGAGUGAACGCAAGUCUGCAAGCGGCGUGCGAUAGACAUUCGUCGUGUUCUGAAAUGGGCAUCAAUGCUGUGGGCGGCGAGGACAGGCAAAAGGCGAAAGGCGCAUAUUUCGUUCUUACUACUUCCAAGCAGCCUUAUUGUCCCACAGAAUGGCAACGCCAGCAUCCACGCACGGACCUCCUUCACGACUUGCGCGUCGGCUUCAGAAUAGACAGGUCAGUGCCCUUGUACAACGUCACCAACUCGUAUGGAGACCCGCUGCUCGAUGUCACCACUACGCCGAGAAGUUGGUUCAGAAGAGUUCUAAAUAUUGGAUAGAUAAUAGAAAAUAAAGUCUUUUGUAUUAGUAAUAAAGACUAGUUUUGUGCGCAUAAGCACUUUGAAAGCUGAAAUGAAGCGCGCUGGCUGUACGCUCGGCCUACAAGAACUUCCGAUUGUUGUUAUUGGUUUUUGUGAUAAUUCUAAAUAGGCUCAUAGAAUGACUGCAAGCAAUUUGAAUCUUGCCCUAUUUUUUUUUCUUAUUGGAAUUAUGUUUGUAGAAAAUAUUUUGAAAUUGGAUUAUAUUACAAAGGUAAAGGUAAAGUUAUAUUACAUUUUACUAGUUAUUGAGAAAAAUAAGUAAAUAUAGAAUUAUAUUUCGUCCUGUUCUGGAUUAUAAACUGCGUCUUCGCAUUAAGUUAAUAAGGCAUAUUUUUUCUAGUACUGAGUGUAUU